AUGGCUCCUGUGAUCGAAUCUCACACCGAUGUACUUAUCAUCGGUGCUGGCCCUUCUGGCUUAGCCGCUGCAUACUGGAUGGCUCGUUGUGGUGUCAAUGCCCGUAUCGUCGAUAGACGCGCUACUAAGGUGUUCCGUGGCCAUGCCGAUGGGUUGAGGGCCGGAACAAUGGAGCUCUUUGACAGUAUGGGCUUUCAGCACAGAGUCUUGCACGAAGGCGUGGAAAUCGCCGAGUUCUGCUUCUGGGCGAAGGACGAGAAGGGAAACUUGAAGCGAACAAAACAGGUUCGCAGUAAAAGCCUUGACGGUGCGCCCUACCGCAUGCAUGGGUUGAGCCAGGGAAGAAUUGAGCGUUAUGUCCUCGAUGCGAUCAAAGACAGUUCGAACCUUAUGGUCGAGAGAGGUGUCACUGCUGAGUCACUUGAGUAUGAUGCAAGCCUCGAGAAUGACCAUGAGGAAUACCCGAUCACGGUCAAGCUGAGGACAUUCACCGAAGAAGAGCUAAGCGCUGCUUCAACUUAUGGCGGCUCACAAUCUCUUUCUCGUGACAGAGUGGCGCCAGACGAUGUAGAAGACCUCACUCCGGAAAGAAAGCACGAGCCAGGUACAAUCGAGAUAGUUAAAGCAAAGUAUCUCAUUAGUCGUGAUGGCGGCCGCAGCUGGACCAGGAAGCAGUUGGAUAUCCCUUUCACAGGUUCCACAACCGAACACAUAUGGGGUGUCCUUGAUGUGGUUCCUAUCACCAAUUUUACUGAUAUACGCCGAGCGGCUACGGUAGCAAGUGAAUUUGGAACACUCCUCGCCAUUCCAAGAGAAAAGCAGCUAGUCCGUUUCUACGUCCCACUGACAGAGGUCGACGUCUCCUCUGGACGGUUUGAUCGAUCGUCCAUUACGUUGGGCAUGAUGCGGGAAAAGGUGCAACAGAUGUUGAAGCCAUUUCAGUUUGAUUUCAAAGUCUGCGACUGGUGGACUACAUACCAGGCAAGCUACCUGCGUGGACUUUAUCUUCGUGGCACUAUCAUGCUAAGUAUUUGGAUCAGAUUGGUCAAAGAAUUGCCCGGAACUUCACCAAAGGUCGCAUAUAUCUCGCUGGUGAUGCAGUUCACAAUCAUUCUCCGAAGGGAGGCUCUCCCCCUCCGGACGCGGAAGCAAGCCAAGGUCCGCAACCAAGCUGAUGGUAUAACCCGGUGGACUACCGGGGUCUGUCAGAGCGAUGGUCGCUUCCGUAUCUUGCUCCUCGCUGGUGAUAUGCGGGCGGAGGAGCAGAAGCGUCGGGUGCUGACCUUCGGCGAGUAUUUAACAUCCCCUAAUUCGGUGCUACGGCGAUUUUCACGCAAGCCUGCGAAGCUUCACGCGACUAUUGAUGUGGUUACCAUUCAUAGUGCGCCCCUGGAGGAUGUACAGCUAUUUGAUUUCCCUGAGGCCCUACGGCCUUUCGAUGACGACAACGGCUGGGAGUAUGACAAGAUAUGGGGUGAUGAGAAAUGCCAUUGGGACAUGCAGUGUGAUGGAAAGAUCAAUACAUCGGGUGGAUUGGGUGCUUAG